CAUCGAAUCGACAUCGACUGUCACAGUCUUGCUGGCGAAGGAAGAAAAGAAGUGUUUUUCCGUGCAGAUUUUGGUUGUUUUUCCCCAAAAUAUCUGUGUUUCUCACCCCAAAAACUUGUGAAAAGUGCCUCCAAGGGGGCCCAGUGUGCAGUGAUGCAGGACAAAAAGGAGCUGGAGAAGUUCAUAAAGGGCAUGGCAAUGAAGUGCCCCCAAAUUAUUGUUCAGUCGCGCCUUGGCGAGAAAAUCCAAACUCACGGGAAAUUACAGUCGUCAAACAGUGAUUGGUUUAACAUAUCAAUUGAGGACUAUCAGGAUGUGGCGGAGGAGACGAAGAGGGCUCUCAAUCUGGUCUCUGGCGAGUCCAUUCUCAGUCGAUUGCCACUGUGUGUGGAGAUCAGCUUGAGGACAAUUGAGGGGGAUUCAAUGGUGCUGGAGGUUUGGUAUCUGGGACUUGCUUCUGACCGAUGUGAUCCCACUCAGCGUGCCUCCUACACUGUGUACAACCGAAUGGCCAUUCUCCUGAAAUCCCUAAUCUCCAUCACACGCUCGACGCCAGCUUACAAGCUCUCCAGGCGUCAAAGCACUGAUUCCUAUCAGAUUCUGUAUAGAGUUUACGUGGGAGAUCCCGAUACGCACUCAUUGGGAGACGGUCAUAAGCAACUACGGGUGGGACAAUUGUGCACAACAGUCGGCAUGCUGAGCAUGGAAGUGGCCUAUCGCACAAAAAUGACCAUCUCACCGACGCAGACGGGCAGGGACAACACGAUUAUGCUCAAGAGUGAUCACUUUCUCAAGGAUAUCAGCCCGAAGCACAUCAGAUAUCAUCACAGCAAUAGAAAAACAUGCGAGAAAAAAGUGGUGGACUUGGACAAGCCGAUGCGGAUUGGAGCAUUUGUCGAUCCCAGUAGAACGAAGCAGUACACGGAGGAGGACUACAUUCUGCCCGAGACGCCACCAUUCAGUUGGUUGCUGCGAAAGACCAAGGAGGAGGCGGCGGAGAGUGAGGAGAAGAGCUGCCAGACCGCCGUGAGGCCAGCAGUGGCUGAGGAGAGUGCCUGCAAUAACAACAACAACGCCACGAGGAAUUUGGAGGGUGGUGAUGAGAGCAAGGAUGUCAAUGGAUCGUCGCCCAGCGCACAGGAGUUGACGAGGAGGCCGUCAUCACGAUGGUCAACGUCGAGAGUUGUGCCGGCGGAGGAUGAGAACCUGCUGAAAGAGUUGCAUUUCCCCUUUGCCACCACAAAUACGCCCAUCAGUGAUCUGGCGAAGUUCUACAGGGAUUGCUUCAAUGCACCUCCGUUACAGGGCUUCUCAGACUCUCCGCUGGACGAAGACAUUGAAGUGGAUGACUUGACGAAGCAACUGGAGCAGUUUGAGACGUCGCUGGGCGACUUUGACUCCCUCGUGACGUCGCUGUGCUGCCAAUCGGUGGACGACAAUCUUAAUAGUUAAGAGACAGAGAGAGAGAGAGAGAGAGAGAGAGGAAGGCUUCGAAGUAUAUUUGUUAAUUUUCUAACAAAUCAUUCUCGAUAUCCUCGCACUUUAAGUUUCCUUUUUUCCUUCUCCCCAAAAGUCUGAAAUGUUCAGAACAUUUUAGCCACAUUAUUAUCUUGUCUUUUGUACAGUACAUAUUCUUAUUUUGUUCUCUGUCUACUCUAAAUUGUCCGCUGGAAGGAUGGCCAUUUUAGCUAAAAAAUAGUCAGUAUAUAUUUUGUAAUAUUGUAAUUUAUGUAUUUUUUAUCACUGUGUUACCUCUUAAAGUCCUUUUUUGUGAACGCUCCCAGUUUAGAUUCAACCGAUGCGGAGGGAGAUUUUCCAAUGCCAAAAAUGUUUUCCACAGGCAUUUUUCUUGAUACUCUGAUUAGAUAGUCUAUUAUAAAAAAAGGGAUAUUUCUAAGGAAGAAAAGUGUUCUUAUGCGGUUUUCCUCGAUGGGCAGAAGGAUGUAUCUCAUGAAUAAUCAACUAUAGUGGCGGUAUUAUUCUGCUUUUAACUCUAAAAUAUUCCCUCUUCAACAUAAGAAAUACAAACCAAUAUAAACGAUAACGAUAACUUAAUCGAGUCCUUUUCUAUUGAGACAUUUUCCACAAAACAUUGCCUCUUUCCUUCCCUUUAAAUAAAUGGUAACUCAUGUGACAAAAAAAAAUAAUCACACGCCAGUGUUUUUGAUACAAAGAAAUUGUUACUCUAUUGAUAUGAAAAAUAAAUGAAUAACAUUUAACCCAAAGGCGGAAGAGAGAAAUUGUGAAUUUUAUGGAAUUUAUAGUAUUUGUUAAUAGCUAAAAAGUAAAUUGUUUUGUUUGGCAUUGAAAGUAAAAAUGAAAAAAGGGUGAAAUUUCUCAUGAGACUUUUUGGCAAUAAGGAAUUAAUAUAAUAUAUUUGUAUAAAGUUAAGUUCAAUUUAUUCUUUUGGAAAAGAACUGGCACGGUAAAACAAGAGACAGUUAAUAAGACUGCAAUAUAGCUUAGAAUUUAAGUGAUUGAGAGAAAAGUACUCGUGGAAUUGGAAAAAAAUGUUAUAAAAUAUGCAACAUAUAUUAAUCCGGAUAAAACCCAAAAUUUUUAACAUCUUUGUUUAUCGAUAUUUUUUGUUGUAUAAGCACUAAAAACCGUGGAAUAAAGAGCCAAUUAUUGGCACUUGGUAAUUCUCUA